AUGUCUUACCCCACCUUCGUCCUUCCGUCCAACUGUGUCUCACUGGUAGGGAUAAUAUGGCAAACAGAGAAGGUAAGAGACCUGCGCAGGCUCUGUCACAAUAAUUUUUACGUUGUACCUUGCUUGCAUGAAGAUCUUAGCAUCCCGAACCUUUUCAAUGUUCAAGGGAAGACCGCUGUAAUAACAGGGGGAGGUUCUGGGAUCGGAGCUAUGAUAGCUGAGGCAUUUGUGCGGAACGGUGCUAAAGUUUACAUAGCAUCACGGAAGGAGAAACAGUUGCAGCAGGUGUCCAGCUACUUGAACAAGACUGGACCUGGCUCUUGCGAGUACCUGGUUGCAGAUAUUGGCUCCAAGGCCGGAUGCACUCAGCUCGCUGAGGCCAUUAUAUCAAGGGAGUCGAAGAUUCAUAUCCUUGUGAACAACUCGGGUCUUGCCUGGGGUGCACCAUACGACGACUUCCCCGAGAAGGAGGGAUGGGACCGACUGAUGGCUGUCAAUGUCAAGAGCAUCUUCUAUCGUGCGCCGCUGACGAAGCUCCUGGAGAAGGACUCCACUAAUGCUGAUCCAGGCCGCGUGAUCAACAUCUCCUCGAUUGCAGGAAUUUCCCCAGUUGCAGAAGGAAGUCGAGUGCUUGGGGAAGGCAAUGGCCUCUGGAGUUAUCAUACUAGCAAGGCAGCGGUUAACCACCUCACUUCAUCACUAGCCGCCACCUUGGCGCCUCGGUACAUUACUGUGAAUGCCAUUCUUCCUGGAAUAUUCUCUUCUAAGAUGACCGCAUAUGGCUUCAAGCGCGCGGGCAGUGCGGAUAACAUGGCUGCUGGACAUCCUUUCGGGCGUGUUGGAGAGCCUCGAGACAUGGCUGGCGUAGCACUCUUCCUCGUGAGCCCUGCCGCGUCAUAUGUUACUGGCGCACACAUCGUUCUUGAUGGCGGAGGACUUGUUUCUGGCUCCAAGGCUCACUUAUGA